AGUAAAAACAUAAUUUUUUGCGUUCAACGUAAAUUAGUAUUAGGCGAAAAAAUAAAUAAAUUACACUGUACUCAUAAACGUUUUUUAUAAAUAAUUUUGUAAUAAUUUAUUGCGUGCUUGUCACCGAACAGCUGACUUAUUUACAUUUCUCCAAUUCUCCAAAGAGUGCUGAUCUCUUCUGUGUGCAGGAAUUUUCGGUUGACAAUAGGAUUUGUUAAUUUGCUAAAAUUUUACGCCAAUUUCAGCAAACUAUAUAUAAGUCUGCGAUUAACUGCAGACGCACAAUAAAAGUUACUUGCAUUCGAAGAAUGGCUGAAGGUGGCAGUUGCAGUAACACCAGUGCUGGAAAUGGCGUGUGUAUUGAAAACGGCGCGGAAUCCCCUACAGACGAUCAGCAGUGGCGCGGUUGUUCGAUGGAGGAAAUACAUCGCGGCUUGAAUGAGUUUGAAUUAGACCAUUUGCCAGCGGUGAGACCUAGUGAUACCCAUACAGUGCUUUAUCAUUGUCCUAUACGUGAGCCUGACGAUGUGCCGCCACGUCCAUUACGAGCACAUCACAAAUGGGAUGCCAUACAUGUGCGACUGCCCUGCUCCAGUAAAAGUCAAUAUCCAGUUACAGCGGAAGAUGGCAGUUCCACAAUAGAAGCUCGUUGGGGAAUGAUUGAAAAAGCAUUAUUACAGCCUAUUACUAACAGUAAGGAAUUGCAAGCGGCUAUACUUUCUUACAAUACUAAAUAUGAAGGUCAGUGGAACUUUCGUUCCCUGCACCGCCUUUUUGAAGAUGACUUAGAUGAGAGUGAAUCGCGUGUAUUUUUCGAAGAUUUGCUACCACGUAUAAUACGUUUGGCUUUACGCUUGCCGGAAUUGGUACAAGCGCCAAUUCCUUUGCUCAAGCAAGGACAGAAUCAUUCAGUGACUUUGACGCAGCAGCAGAUUUCUUGUCUCUUAGCUAAUGCAUUUCUCUGCACGUUCCCCAGACGGAAUACAAUGAAGAAGCGCUCAGAGUACAGCACGUUCCCGGAUAUAAAUUUUAAUAGGCUUUUCCAAAGUGGUGGUAAAGCAGUUAUAGAAAAAAUUAAGUGCAUCUGCCAUUAUUUUCGACGUGUAUGCCCAACAGAACGUGAUAGCUCUAAUGUACCCACUGGUGUUGUGACAUUUGUACGUCGCAGCUUAGAACCCACAGAACUGCCUAACUGGGCCGAAUGUAGAGCACCCUUGGGUGUUACACCUUUACACAUUACGUCUGAUGGCACUAUUGAAGAUCAGGGCUUUGGUUUGCUGCAAGUAGAUUUCGCCAAUAAAUUCCUUGGUGGUGGGGUACUCGGCGGAGGCUGUGUACAAGAGGAAAUACGUUUUGUAAUUUGUCCUGAACUGCUGCUCUCGAAAUUGUUCACAGAGUGUUUGCGUCCCACAGAGGCACUAUUGAUGGUUGGUGCUGAGCGCUUUAGUGAUUACAGCGGUUAUGCAAGCACCUUUGAAUGGGCUGGUAAUCAUGAAGAUUGCAUACCACGUGAUAGCUCAAGACGUCGUCAAACCCAUAUCGUGGCUAUUGAUGCGCUCCACUUCAUGCAAUCACAACAUCAAUAUCGGGAAGAUCAGAUCAAGCGCGAAUUGAAUAAGGCAUAUGUAGGCUUCCAACACACAUUAAUCACACCGGCACCUGGCGUGGCUUCAGGUAACUGGGGCUGUGGUGCCUUUGGCGGCGAUCCGCGUCUGAAAGCAUUGCUGCAGUUAAUGGUGUGCACCGUAACCCAACGACCGCUUGUAUAUUUCACAUUUGGCGAUGCACAACUGCGCGAUGAAGUGCACUGCAUGCACUCCUUCUUGCUGGAACAUAAUGUGUGUGUAAAAGAUUUGUGGAAUUUGCUCACUAGCUACCAAAGUCAAAAUAUGCCCGGCAAUGAACUGUAUAAUUUCAUCUACGGCUGCAUUAGUAACACAUUAAAGCGCAGUCCGAAGACGAAGUUGACGUCACCAAAGAAUAAAAGUAUGCGUAAUGUAUUGAUAAGUUGGUUGAAGCCGAAGCAAACCAUUACUAAGGAGAAGCCAAUUUCCACGUCAGCGCCACGGCGAAUCAAUUUAAGUGAAGAUAUUUUCGCCUCCACUUCCGAUUCGGAUGCCGAAGGGACCGAAGUUGCGCCUGAAAUCACCAUAUCCUCAACCAGUACUUGGGUGAGCUCGCCAGCAGAAGUAGAAGAAGAGAAGAAUGCACCAAACCUCUCAACAGUAGAUCUUACAAAUCAAUCACAAUCAAACGAUAGCGUUGCUAAUGUGUUGAAUUGUGAAGAAAUUGUGCUUGAUAGUGCCGAAAGUGCGCGCCCAGAAACACAAAUAUCGAAAAGCAAAAAUAAUACUUCAACGGAGAAGCAAUUGGGAAAAUCAAAUGUUUCGCCGUCGUCUGAGAAGCCCACAGGUUCGCGCCAACGUUCGCUACUGGAAAUGUUAGAUCAAUGUUAUACAACAAAAUCGAAUAACGGGCCAGAUACAAAGCGUAUAUGCCUUAGCAAAAUCAGCAACCCGAACACAAAAACACCGACAAAACAACAAUAAUGGUUAUACAUAUGAAAUUUUAAACACGAGCAAAAAGCAUGCAAUAAUGCAUAUUUUGUACUUCAAUAGAUGAUUAAAAAAUUGUAAACUAUAUAAAUAAUUGCCUAGCAAAGAAUAAAGUGUUUACGCAUAA